UUAGUACUUUGAACUCGAGUAUAGUACAUGAAGUACGAGUGCAAAUCGGUAUAUUGUAUACAGAUAAGAAAGAUAGAAUACACAACAGGGACACUUUUAAAAUAGGUUCAUUUUUCUUAUAUCCGGGUAAUAGGAAGGCUUUUCAAUCAAGGAUGAAAGCAUUUGUUUUUGUAGCUUGUAUCAUAGUACUUCAGUCGUAUAUUGUAACGGGAGAUCCAUGGAGAGUAAAGGAGACAAAUACGAGUGUUACAAUAAGUACGGAAUAUAUUAGAAUAGUUGCAAACAAAGCACCAUGGAAUCUGAAGGUCUACAACUCUAUCACCCGGGAACUCAUCAUAUCUGAAACUACAAACGAGAAGCAAAAACUGGGUUAUGGUGUUUGGAAGGGACAGUACCUCCAGUUAUUUGAGGGCUAUCUGACACGAAUUGGGUAUAUAAAAGAAUGGCACUCAGUAACAAACCUAUUAUCUUGGCAAAAAGUUCCAGGAGGUGUUCAGUUUGGUAUACUCGGCAGCGAUCCUGCGAAACAUGUUCUUGUUUUUACGAUUUUUGACAUAUUUGAAUAUCAGUUUUCUUUCACUGCAACAGUGGAUGAUAUGUACAACAGGGUUGGUUUUGGAUUUGACAUCAUGGACAAAGGUGACGUUCAUGAAGGUUUCUUUGGAUUUGGCGCGAGGUAUGACACGGUUAAUCAACGUGGUAAAGAUACGGGUGUAUAUGUGGAGGAAGGGUCAUUCGGAUAUGGCAAUUCCGACAAAGACAUAUGGUUCCCAGAUGUCACAAAGCCGACUUCAUGGGCUCCUAUGCCAGUGGGGAUCUCUUCCAGGGGGUAUGGUAUACAGAUGGACAUGUCAUACAGAACCUCAUUUGAUUCGAAAACGAACACCAGUGUUAUGUGGAUGGUUGCUGAGACCUCUGAAAUGAAUGCAACAUUCUUUAUUACUUCUAAUACAAAGCAUGCCCUUGAAUUGAUCACCAAAAAGAAUGGGAGGUCCUUAGUUCCACCACCUUGGCAAUUUGGACCAUGGAAUCAACUUGGAAGUGAAGUGGACGGCGUUGGUCUUGUAGAGAGAGCACGACAACUUCUGUUUCGAGAUGACAUACCCUUCUCACAUUGUGUUAAUACAGUUCACUUCUUCCCAGAUGGGGAGGAUAUAAAUGAUACAGCCCUUCAGGAGGAAAAUGCACAGCUUUUGAAACUAGGAAUCAAGACAACUGCUUAUUUCAACCCUAUGGUAUCUACGAGAUUCAAUGGAACAUACGACGAGGCAGCCCAACAUGGUUAUUUGGUUAAAACUGAAGAUGGGCUUCCAUACAACUUCUCAUACCACGCAGCAAAAAAUUUCUACGUGUCUGAAGUUGAUUUCACAAACCCAGAUGCUGUUUUGUGGUACCAGAAACAGUUGCAGAAGGGGAUUGACGCUGGGUUUAAAGGAUGGAUGUAUGAUUAUGCAGAAUAUACACCUUCAAAUUCAGUCGCAUAUGAUGGUUCACCUGGACUGGAGUUUCACAAUAGAUAUGUUGUACUGUAUCAGAAAGCAUGCUGGGAUUUCCUUAAUAGUUUAGAAGAUGGACCUAGGGGAAUAUACGCACCGGAUUACGUAUUUUAUGUCAGAUCAAGCUAUUUGGGUUCUCAGAAAUACACAUGGGCACAUUGGACCGGAGAUCCAGACUGUGACUGUAUGACGAGAGUGAUGGUCGUUUUCGAAUUGGAUUUGAUGCUUUUCUUCCUGGAGGAAAUGAUGUCAAAAUAUCAGCACCAUUGGACACAUGUCCAAUGCUAGUAGUUGCAGGGAGUAUCGUACCUGCUUUGGACCCUUGUGUGAUGACAUUGAACACUGCCUCCAAUCCAAAUGUAACAACUUGGAAUGACUUGAAGCAUAUAAUGAAUCUUUGGGUAUGGGCUAACGAGUCGUUUGAAGCGAGGGGACAGAACUGGGAUGGAGCAUUGUACUCUCUGAAGAACGUAUCGCUUCAUGGUAUUGAGUUCAGUGUAAAGGAAUCGCAAGCAAAUCGAACUAAUGUUGUCCAGAUCACAGGGAACUGGCAAGGCCCACCAGAAAUGAUAGUGAAUAAGCAAACAAAAGAUAAGAUCCAACUGGUGGAUAGCUGGAAAGAUGUCGCUAAUGAUAGUCGCACUACGUGCUGGACAUUCGAUAAAGAGUUGAGAACUUUAUGGAUACGACUUAUCCCAAAUGUCUAUGUGGUUACAAUUACAGUGUAGAUGAUAAGAAAAACGCAAAUGCCUGGUAUCCCUUAACUCCCACUUAGGUAGCAACACAAUAUAAUGAACUGUAUUUUAUUUUAAAGAAUAUACAGUUGUAACAAAGAAGAGUGCAUUUAUUUUCUUUUGUU